AUGUCUGUCUCAAUGUACGCAGCGUUGGCUGCCGUACUAGCUCUGGUGCUGCAUCAGCUCAGCAAGAUUGGGCGAAGGCCGGCAAACUAUCCUCCGGGACCACCAACCUUGCCGUUGAUUGGCAACCUCCACCUAAUGCCCAAAGCGAAGGGUCAUUUGCAGUUCCAGAAAUGGGCUGAAGAGUAUGAACCGAUGUACUCUUUGAUCCUUGGAACCAGAGUCAUGGUUGUGCUGUCCACGGACGAAGCGAUCAAGGACUUGCUCGACAAGAGAAGCAACAUCUACUCUUCGCGCCCCGAUAUGUACCUGGGUCAGGUUGUGAGUGGUAACAACCGAAUGCUGUUGAUGGUGGGUAGAAUGUUAGAAUACAGCUUUCCAGAUUGA